AUGUCCAAUAGAAUCAUCAUAAGCAGCAUUUAUUUCCAGAAAAAGGACAUAUACAAGCAAACAUGGAUAUCUCCUGACGUGGCAAUCAAAAAUCAAAUCGAUCACGUAAUGACAGAUAAUAAACACCGUUCAUGGUUCAGUAACGUUAAGAGCCACAGAGAAGCAGACGCAAAUACCGACCAUUACCUAGUAGUAGCAACUCUUAUUGAAAAGCUAUCAAUUUUUUGGAAAGAGAAUAAAAGUAGGAAGAGUACAAAUAUGUUAAAUGUAGACAGGCUUAGAAACCCUUUGGAAAUAGCACAGUAUAGGAAAAGGAUCACUGAAGAACUCUAUACCACAAAAGAAAAGAAGGAACACAUAAUCCUUCAUCACGAAAAUAAAUGGACAAAUAUCAAAAACGUUAUUACCUCGGCUGCAAAAAAUCUCAAAGAAAACCCCAAUCACAAUAAGAAAAAGCACUGGUUCAAUAAUGAGUGUAUGGAAACAAAAGCACUCGAAGAACUUGAGGGAGAGAGGAACAACUCGAGGAAUUUCUUCAAACACUGCAAACGACUCAAACAGGGUUUUAAAUCAGAAACACUUUUCUUAAAAAAGAAUCAGAAUGAUCUCAUUUCGGAACCGAGAGAAAUCGUACAACAUUUCAGAAAACAUUUUGAUGCGCUACUUAAUGCGAGCCAAACAAAUAACAGUAACAAAACCAAGUAUAAAGAAUACAAGGAGCCUGAUCUUAGAGAGAUAGAUUAUAUUAUCAAUAACCUUAAAAAUAACAAAGCUCCAGGAGAAGGUGACAUAAACUCUGAAUUACUUAAAACAUCAGGAAAAGACUUAAUUAUAGAGCUACAAUCCUUAAUUCGAGAAAUAUGGCACAAGGAACAGAUUCCAACGGAUUGGAGAACCGGGAUAAUUUGUCCAAUAUUCAAAAAUUUUGACACUGGUAUAGUAUCAAACUACCAUGAAAUUUCUUUGUUAGAUACAGCUUACAAAAUUUUAUCGAUGGCGUUGCUAAGAAGACUAGUAAUUUAUGCGGAAGACAUCUUAACAGAUUAUCAAACUGAUUUCAGAAGAGGAAAAUCUACGACUUAUCAUAUAUUCACAAUAAGACAAGUAAUGGAAAAAUUCUACUAA